GGGGCAGCUGCGGAGUUCCAUAACCAUAGCAACCGCAUCAGCACCGCGGCGGCGGCGCGGGCAGCAGCGCUCGCUCCUCCUCCAGGCAGCCUCGCCGCGGGCACCGGAGACCCAGCUCGCGGUCGCCCGGACCCCGCGGAGCGCCCACCGCCGCUGCGGAGAGCCGGCAGGGAGCGAGCCGGCGCGGCCCGGAGCCGAGGGGAGCCCUGCAGCGGGAGACAGGUAAUGAACCAAAAAGAUCAUGUCUGAAGUACAAGGAACGGUUGAGUUUUCUGUAGAGCUACAUAAAUUUUAUAAUGUGGAUCUCUUUCAGAGAGGGUAUUACCAGAUCCGAGUGACCUUGAAGGUGUCCUCAAGGAUCCCCCACAGACUGAGCACCUCCGUCGUCAGGCAGACAGACGGCAACAGCCUGCACUCCGCCUGCGCCCACGAGAACGCCGUGCACAGCCGGAUCUUUCAGAUCUUAUACAGGAAUGAAGAGGUGCCCAUCAAUGACGCCGUGAUCUUCCGAGCUCAUCUGCUCUUAGACGGAGAAAGGGUGGAAGAGGCACUAAGUGAAGUCGAUUUUCAGCUCAAGGUGGAUCUCCACUUUACAGACAGUGAACAGCAGCUGAGGGACGUGGCGGGGGCACCCCUGAUUAGCAGCCGCACGCUCGGCCUGCACUUCCACCCCCGAAGAGGCCUGCACCACCAGGUCCCCGUCAUGUUCGACUAUUUCCACCUGUCGGUGAUCUCGGUGACCAUCCACGCGGCCCUGGUGGCUCUGCAGCAGCCCCUGAUCAGUUUUACCCGUCCGGGAAGAGGGUCCUGGCUUGGUAAAGGCGGCCCAGACACGGGACCGGAGCAGUCCAGCCUCUCUCUGGAGAACCUGGUCUUCGGAGCUGGGUACUGCAAGCCGACUUCCUCGGAGGGGAGUUUCUAUGUGCCCUCGGAGAACUGCAUGCAGCACGCACACAAGUGGCACCGAGAGCUGUGCUUCCUGCUCCUGCACGCCUACCGGGGGCUCCGCGCCUACUUCCAGGUCAUCAUGAGGGACGUCCCCGAGCUGCCGCACGCGGAGCUGGAGUCCCUUGCUGUUGAGGAAACGCUUUCUCAGCUGUGCUCCGAGCUACAGGUGUUGAACAAUCCAGAGAAGAUCGCUGAGCAGAUAAGUAAGGAUCUCGCCUGGCUCACCUCCCACCUGAUGGCUCUCUGGACCCAGUUCCUAGACACGGUGACUCUGCACUCCCAGGUGACCACUUACCUCAGCCAGGAACAUCACACCUUGAGGGUCCGAAGGUUUUCUGAGGCCUUCUUUUAUAUGGAGCACCAAAAAGUUGCAGUCCUGACCUUUCAGGAAAAUCUGAUACAGACCCACAGCCAGCUGUCUCUGGACAUCCGGAAUUCAGAGUAUCUCACCACCAUGCCCCCGCUGCCCGCAGAGUGUCUGGACAUCGAUGGUGACUGGAACACCCUGCCGGUUAUCUUUGAGGACAGAUACGUGGACUGCCCUGCAACAGGGCACAGUUUGAGUGUUUCCCCGAAUUUUGAUGUUCAAAUAAGUCCCGCAAUAAUGAAUCUGAAAGACAGAGAAGAGAGCCCGGUUGUAAAUAGAAAAUCACCUUUCAGGGAAGACCUUGUCUCGCCCGCCAUGAAACCACCCCAGAUGGACUCCGACGAGGAAGUUCUGAGGUGUCCAGAGGCAGAUGACAGUGCAGCUACACCAAAACAGGUGGAUGUGUGCUCCGAAUCUCAGGUGUAUCUGACAAUCGGUGAGGUCCAGAACAAGGCAGGUUUGCCUGAAGAUGAAUGUUGGGCUGGCCCGAGGGCCGAUGUUGGAACACGUCCCCUGGCAGAUGAGGACCUGCCCAGAAGGAGGCCGGGUCCAGAGGAUGGCCAGCCCCCGGUACUCACCUACAUUGAUGUGAAAUCUAGCAAUAGGGACCCGUGCGGCCCUGAACCCACGGUGGUCGUUAGUGCUCAGCACGAGAGUGGGCACUCCCGAGAUAACUAUGAACCCGCCAGAACUGUGCCGGGCAAGGAGGUAUCAGGUACAAGUCGUCCACAUGCCAUCUCUUCAGAGAAAACAACACUCCGUGAGUUAAGUCCUCUAGGAAAGGUUGCAGACCGAGACGGCAAGGUGGUGCUGCUAAGCCUGAAGCUCAUCCCCUCUGAGCCCUGCGAUCCACUGAACUCUGCUUUGAGGGAUCCCUUGGAUGUUAGGGCUUCCCCAAAGGACCCUCCCUCAGAGGAGCAGGAGGAAGUGUCGGUGCUCUCUGGGGUCAUCAAGAGAUCUUCUUCCGUCGUCUCCGAUUCAGGCAUUGAGAGUGAGCCGAGCUCUGUCGCUUGGUCCGAGGCGCGAAGCAGGGCCCCGGAGUUACCCAGCGACCGGGAACCCUUGCACCAUCUGCUUCGAAGACACGGCCUGCACAGGAACUCCUUGGAGGGCGGACACACGGAGAGCAACACGAGUUUGCCGAGUGGGAUCCAGGCGUCCCUCACCUCCAUUAGCUCUUUGCCUUUUGAGGAGGAGGAACGGGAGUUGGCCCUCACCAAGUUGACCAAGUCCGUAUCUGCACCCCAGAUCAGUAGCCCGGAGGAGUCUGCUGGAGACACAGACGCCAUGCAGCAAGGUGGGCCUCUUGCUGAAAGUUGCACCGUGCCCGUCGAGACCAUAGACUCCCCGGGAUCCAGGACGCGGGACGCUGGGGCACAGGUGGUUUCAGGUGCCGACAACCAGCAGGGCCCCGGUUACAUAGACAUCCCCAAAGGUAAAGAGAGUCAGUCUGAGCCUCAAGGACCUUGCUGUCUUGAUGGCAGGAUGGAGAACCCUCCAGGUGUGGAAACCAAAGGUCUUCAUUUAAAAAUACCGCGUAUCAUAGCCCUUGAAAACCCUGGGAAUGGAUCUUUCCCUAGAGUACUAAAGGAGACCCCAAAGGGCAUGCCUGAGGACUUGAAACUGGAGAAAGGAGCUCGUUCCCACAGCAGCAUCUCAGAUGAUGAGACUGUUGCCCACCGUACGGUGCCUGCGUUGAACUAUACCGCAGUUGCUGACGCCGUCGACCUGGGCUCAGCAGGCAAGCAGAGCAGCUCACCUUGUAUCAUGGAUGAUGCAGAGUUCAGCAAGGGAGCCAAUGCUGUCCUGGAGGCUGGGCGUGAAGCGGGCACUGCGUGCCCCACCGUGACCCACUCCGUUCACUCCCAGGUCUUAGGAGACCAAGAGCCAAGGGCAGGCACUUCCGUUAUGGUGUCCCACCUGCCCCCGGCAGAGACCUUCACCCUGGACAGCCUGAAAGCCGUGGAGGUCGUCAACCUGUCCGUGUCUUGCACUGCCACGUGUCUCCCUUUCUCGUCUGUGCCCAAGGAGACCCCUGCCAGGGCCGGAUUCGCUUCCAAACAGACCCCAUUGCCUAUCACUCACCAACCUUUGGGUUCCUUUGGAGUCGUUUCCACUCAUUCCAGCAAGUUGGAGGAAGAAGUCAGUGAGAGGAUGUUCAGUUUUUAUCAGGCCAAAGAAAAAUUUAAAAAAGAACUGAAGAUUGCUGGAUUUCUGUACAGUGACUUAUCUGUACUAGCUUCUGAUAUACCGUAUUUCCCACCAGAGGAAGAGGAAGAAAAUUUGGAAGAUGGGAUUCACCUGGUAGUCUGUGUCCAUGGCCUAGAUGGGAACAGUGCAGACCUCCGCCUGGUGAAGACUUUCAUAGAGCUGGGACUUCCGGAAGGAAAGCUGGACUUCCUAAUGUCCGAGAAGAAUCAGGUGGACACAUUUGCAGACUUUGAUACCAUGACAGAUCGCUUGUUGGAUGAGAUCAUUCAGCACAUCCAGCUGUACAACCUCUCCAUAUCCCGAAUUAGCUUCAUUGGCCACUCCCUUGGCAACAUCAUCAUCCGGUCGGUCCUAACGCGGCCCCGGUUCCGGUAUUACCUCAACAAACUGCACACAUUCCUGUCGCUGUCCGGGCCUCACCUGGGGACCCUGUACAACAACAGCACGCUGGUUAGUACAGGCUUGUGGCUCAUGCAGAAAUUAAAGAAAUCCGGGUCCCUUCUGCAGCUGACCUUCAGGGAUAAUGCUGAUCUGCGCAAAUGUUUCCUCUACCAACUCAGCCAGAAAACAGGUCUGCAGUAUUUUAAAAAUGUCGUGCUGGUAGCUUCUCCCCAAGAUCGCUACGUGCCAUUUCAUUCAGCCCGGAUCGAGAUGUGCAAAACUGCCCUCAAAGACAGACAUACGGGGCCCGUGUACGCGGAGAUGAUCAAUAACCUUCUGCGCCCGCUGGUUGAGGCCAAGGACUGCACUUUGAUCCGACACAACGUGUUCCACGCCUUGCCCAACACUGCCAACGCCCUGAUUGGCCGCGCCGCCCACAUCGCCGUGCUGGACUCAGAGCUCUUCCUGGAGAAGUUCUUCCUGGUGGCGGGGCUCAAAUACUUCAAGUAGUAGGGGGCGGGGGCCUUGCCGGAAGCCUGGCGAUCCGCGAGAGCUUUAGCUGAGACGUCCUUGUACAGCCCGCUGCCACUCCAGGAAGAGCUCGGAGAGGAAGGCACCGAGGCAAGGAGGGUGGGGUGGGACCGGCCAUUCGAGGUGCUUCCAUUUUGGAGAUGUGGGAAAGCUGAACCAGUACAGUAACGCAGAAGACAAGACUUUGCCCGAACCUGUCUAGCCACCUGGAGUCUCCUUCAAGAUAUGGAGGGAAACUAUGACAAAAUAAAGCAACAGAAUACUUGGGACUUGGCGAGCCCACCUUUUUAUCCACCACCGGCUCCCAGAGAGAUCGUUCUUGAUUUACUAGGUUUGUCCGGUAUGUUUCUAGCUCAUAGCUUUAUCAUUCUGAUUCAAUUAAGUGCAUACAAGCAUUUCAGAACUCAGGUUAAUCUCUGUGCAGAAGUGGAACAUAUUUGUGUACAUAUAAUCCUCGAUAGAUUCCCAUGUGCCACUCGUUCGAGACAGUGCGAUGCCCACGCGAUCAUUCUCUCCUCGUGUUUUCUCAACAAGGGGCAAAGGAAUGCUUUAUAAACUCCAAUCCUGUUUCGUUAGCAGCAGUGGGUUGGGUGAUGUAAGGUAUGGGCGGGGGGUAACGGUGAUGCUCUGAUGCAGGUUUGUUACAAAGAGAAGUAACUAGAGGGGACGAGGUGAACUCAUUGCUUCACCUGCUUCUCCAGACUGUCUAUGCAGAGCCCUGGCCCACAGGUUACUUCUGUGAUUGCUUAAAUCUGUCUGUAGUCAGGAAAACGGACUUAGGGUAAAUCUAAGGGUUAAAGCGGAAGGGGGAGCUGGGAUUAAUGCACAUGCGUCAGGCUUCUGCUGAUAUGCCUCCAAAGAAAUGCUAUGUUAGCAUUGGAUGCAACUGCAAAAAAAAAAAAAAAAAAAAAAUACAAAUAAAACCAUUACCAUGGCCAGCCGCUGCUUCUCUCCGUGGAAGGAGAAACAUCUAAACGGAGGAGUGCUGGAUUACAAACCUCAGGGGAGCUCUAAGAAGGUGCUGGUUAUCUUUCCAUAGAAAUGUCUUCUUGCCUUAGGAAAAUAAAGGGCUAGGAGAGGUCACCAUUGAUAAAAAACAAUGGACGACAGGGACAACAGUGAGAUCAGAGAGGAGGACAACAGCCAGAUUGCGGACCCAGCUUAAAUAGUUAGUGGCAAAUGACUUAAGGGAAGUUUUGAAAAUCACCGGGAUGUUUGAUAUGGUCUCAUAGACUGUGUAGACUCUUGGCCUAAAGGAAGGCCGGAGAAUCACCUAGUUGUACUAAAGGAGCACGUGGACCAGGACAGUAGGGAUGAUUAACACAGAGACCCAUCUUCAGGAGACAGAGGCUCCUGUUUCUGCAAAAUCCCCUUCUAAAGUGCGGAAAAUCACCUGCGACCAGAUUCCCGGUCCCAGCACCUGGACCGUGACCUUAGGUCACCAGUGCCAUGGUCAUAAAAGCAAGCAAAUCUUGGCUUAUCUGAGAAUUUUAGUCCUCACAUAUUAACAGUGAGACUUUACAAAACAAAUGCAGACCAACGAGAAACCAAUGCAGAUGGGCAACUUUGCAGGAUCGUAGACCCCUGGGUUCCUUGUGAAAGGAGAAGGCGGGUUUGGGGGGGGGGGGUGGAGUUGAAUGAGCCACAAAGGCAGACUUUCACACAAUGGAGUUAGGGCUUCUCUGUGGGUCUUCUGCGAACUUUCUCUGUGUCCUAGGCUUAACCCGUAUGGGAUCAGUAAAUCCUGAGGGUCAUUUUCCAAGUUCCCGAUGUACAUAGACUCUGAUUACUCACGAAUGGCGCCGACCCGGUGUAUAACCCAGGAGGAAUCCGUUCCCGCAGUGGAGCCCAUGAUGUGGUGUUUCCUGGUCUAGACGAGUGUUCAUGGUCAGUGCAGGACUGUACGUUUGUAGCAACUUCUCCUUUUUGGCCAAAUGCAGAGCCCCUCCGAUGAGAGCAUUUCAUUUUGUGUUUCUGACACCCAUCAGCAAAGCUUGUCACUCCCUGGUCAUUUGCAGACCGUGUAGCCAGUGGUUACGGAGCCAGGGGGAAUCUGAUGACCAUUGUCUUUUCCAAUAACCAGAUGCCAUUUUUAACUUCAAUAUGCUGUCUGGACACGGUAAGAACUAAUGGCAAUAAACGUCCAGCUGCAUGGUGCACCCCUCUUUUACAGGGGUGAUCUCCUGUCUUUGUAAACCCUCUCUGGCCUCUGAGCAUCUAUUAUAUUGUGUAGAAAUUACAUCUCUAUAUUGUAAAUAAGAGUGUCCAGUGUUGUGCGUCAUGCCUCAUUUGAAAGGCUUUUUUAUGUCUCUUUCUAUUGAAGUAUAGAUAUCUAAUAUACAUAUAUAUAUAUAUACACACACAUAAAUAUAUAUAUAUAAUGUAAAACAGGGACAUUAUAUUAUUUAUUAUAAAAAUUAUAAACAAAAUGCCUGCGAAGAUAAUGGUCUAGUAUGUUUUCAUUCUCAGCGUAUUUUAUGUUUUUUGUUUUUACGAUUUGUUAAGUCUCUCAGAAGUAGUUAGAAAUAAACAUCGCUACUAUUGAGAUCAACUGGAAUUGGUUGUUCACAAGCCAAAUACAUCCAAGAAGCAGGCAUGAACCUAGCGUCACCCGGGGGCAGGACUAAUACCUCAAUGGCAGGUUGAAAGCUCUGGAGAAGGUGAGCCCCAGGGAGAAGGAGGGGAGAGGAUGGGCUCCUGCUGGUGACCGCGCUCCGCAGGUGGGUGCAGGGGGACUUCCGGCCAUGCCAGAUUCGAGCAGAGAUAGAAGGCACAGUCCCUGCCCUCGAAGAACACAGCCUUGUUAUGAAAACCAGAUAGAUCGAAGGUGAGGCACGGGCAGGUGCAAGGCAGUGCUGGAGGGCCAGUCUUCAUGGCCUAGAAAAGGCUGUGAGUGAGAUAUAUGCUCUGCACAGCUGGUCACCGCCAAGGACACUCAUUCACCAAUUCAUUCAUUCAUUAAUUCAUUCACUCAUUCAUCAUUUCAUUCAUUCAUUCAUUCAUUCAGCAAGUGUGUCUUGAGGGCCUGCUGUGCUAGGAGGUCCAGGUAAGAUUGAGCAGCUCGUAGUCUGCUCAGAUGGGAAGGUGACGUAGGUCGGCACCCCCCGGGGGUAGGGAUCAGAAUGUGCUCAGAGGAGAGAUACCCAGCCCACACUGGGGGUGUGUGGGGUCAGGAACAGCCUCGUGCAAGGUAGGAUGUCUAAGGCCAGACACAGGGCUGAGUAAGGCUUGGCCUGGGGAAGGUGGGUUGCAGGGAACCCCCCGGGCAGGGAACGGAAUGACCGAAAGGCUCGAGGAGAGAGGGCCAGGACCUUCGGCACACUGGACGGGCUUAUGGAGACUGUGUCUGGGUCCCAGAGUGACAGAGCAGGGGCGUGAGAGGUCAGCCACCACGCCAGACUCUCUUCUUCAGGAGGAAAUUUUUUGCUGUUGACACUAGUAGGAGAGUUUCAGAGGCGGGGCCUCUGUCAACCCUGUGUUCAUGUCCUUCCCCUGGGUAAACUCCUAGGACAGACCCAACCCUGUGUCUUAUGGGACGCCCAGGGCCACGUCUGCUCCCCCCAGGUCACUUCCGAAGACAGUGGACGUGUCUUCCCGGCUUCUUGUGGAGAGAAAGCUGGAGGGAAUGGCAGUUUGGUUAAACUAUUGCAGUUAUCAUUAUUGUUACUAUUUUCUGCUUUUCUGUUUUUCUUUUCGUGCAUGGAAACAAUCAGGUGAGAUUCCUGCACUGGUAUUUGGGGUGACCACACUGAUCGCUCUUGAUCAUUUGAUGUUUAUUUUUUUAAGUCUAUUUAUUUAUUUUGAGAGAGACAGAGACAGCACAAGCGGGGCGGUGGGGGGCAGGGAGAGAGGGAAAGAGAGAAUCUCAAGCAGGCUCUGUGCUCUCAGCACAGAGCCCAACAGGGGGCUUGAACUCCUGCAACCUCGAGAUCAUGAUCUAAGCCCAAACCAAGAGUUAGAUGCUCAACCGACUGAGCCACCGGGCGCCCCGAUCAUAUGAUGUUUAUGUGGGCGGGGAACGUACGGAGCCCUUCGUUGACAACUGCACAAUCUGCAGCCCCACCAGGUUGAGGUAACUUGCCCAGAGCUACAGCCCCUCAUUCGGUCGUGGAUAUUUCCUAACAGCUGCCCACGAACCAGGCAUGGGUCACAAAGCACAAGGAAACAAACGCGAAGCAGCCCCUCCUGAUGGAGUGUGCAUGAGAGGGGAGGGUAGAAUGCAGAAAGCCACAGGCAUGGUGAGGUGGCAAAGGUCAGUUCGGAAGGAGCCCAUGGGGCUGGGGGUGGUGGUGGUGGUGCGCCAACACAGUAUGUGAAAGGGAAGGAACAAACUAGAAAAUGGCGUGUGAUCCAGGUUUUUCCGUGAAGACCGAAAACAUGAAAAGGGCUAGGACGUGACCAAGUAUCAGUGAGCCCUCACUUAUGCGAGAUGAUGGCAUCCCUCCAAGUCAUGCCCAUUGAAUUGAAAGUCUGCUCUUGGGACGCCGUUUGUUUGGGUUUCAUAGAGUAUAUUUCUGAGCAUCGGCGAUAACCGGGGCUGCUGUGUACCGUUGCACAGGUUGUGUAAAAACACAUGGCAAUGACACAGAGAGGGAGAGUUGUGCUUUCUUGUGUCAUUCGUGCGAGGUAUCCAUUCCAACACCCUUAGGGAGGACGUGUGUCCGUCUUUAACUGAUGGAGCAAAGCAGCAUAUGCUAACACCUGCAUCCAUGUUGUUUGUUUCUGCUUUUUUCAUUUGCUUCCUCUUCCCAUGCCUUACUGCGUACCUAUUUUGUGCUGGGUACCGAACUGGACUAUGCAGCUAUUAGCAUAAAUCAUGCAAUCCUAAAUAAACACUAAAAGGGUCUAGGGGGGGAUAAUAAAAUUUACUGUUUUAUUUUU